AAGAAGCCAGCCAUUACAAGACAAUGUCAAUAACAACUUCACUAUGUAGUAUUUCUUUUUAUUUUUCUUAGGUGCAUAACUACUCACAUAUUAUUUAUAUUUAAAUUUAAAUUCAUAUGGAGUAGUUGGUGAGAGGUGGCAUAUUAAUAAACAAAUGAAUUUGUACUAUAUAUAACCCUCCUUCCAUAACCUCAUUUGUCAUUGACACAAACAUUCUUUUCUUACAAACAUUUUGAUUUUGAGAACAUUUUAAGAGAAUUUAUAGACAUGAAUACAUCAAUUGUAGGUUCUUUUUUGGUUUUGUUGUUGGCCUUUCCCUCUGUAUUUGCAACUGAUUUCACUGUUGGUGAUGCCAAUGGAUGGACUCAAGGACCUGAUUACACCGCAUGGACUUCUGGAAAAACUUUCAAAGUUGGUGAUAACUUAGUGUUCAAAUAUGGAUCAGUCCACCAAGUGAAUGAAGUUGAUGAAAGUGGCUACACAGGUUGCAGUGCAAGCAACACAAUCAAGAAAUACGAAGAUGGAGAUUCAAAGGUUCCAUUGACUAAAGCAGGAAAAAUUUACUUCAUAUGUCCUACACCAGGACAUUGUUCUGGUGGCAUGAAGCUUCAAGUCAAUGUUGUUGCUGCUAGCACCACCCCAACUCCAAGUGGCACCCCCCCACCAACAAAAACUCCAAGUGGCACACCAUCAACUACACCAAGUGAUACUCCAUCAACUCCUUCUUCAGGAACAAAUACAACUUCUCCACCACCACCAAAGGAUAGUGGAGCAAUGAGUGUUUCAAAUGGAAUUAGUCUUUUGAUUGGUUCUUUCUUUGUUUCAACAAUGGUUUUGAGCUUCAUGGGCUAGGGAAGAGACAGUGCUAUUAUUGUUAAUUAAUCAUGUUAAUGUUAAUUUUAUGUUUUAUAUUAUAUUGGUUUUGUUGAAUUUGCUUGAAUUUCAUUUAAUCAUAUGAGAUGUAUAUCUGAUUUUCAUCUUGAUGUGUACUAAGCUUUAAUAAAAUGAAAACAAAACAAAGUUACUUAUUUUUUAUGAGUA